GACAAUGUUCAAAUGUAUUAAAGUGCACCAACGGGAACAGAGACCACAUUGCUCCGUGCACAUGCUAUCGGGUUGGAUCCGUCAUGUGGACGUUUAUAUCUGCUGUGUUCACCAGAGCGUGUUUUAUUCUUGUAUCGCUGGUAGGAGUCUGUAGAGUGGCAUGGGUCAAGAAAAACCCUUACUACUGGCUUCUGACGCUCCUCUUCCUACCUCAAGUCGCCGAGAUGGUGGUCACCAUGACAAGGAGAAGAGGAAAAGAUUAUAAAUGGUAUUCUCCAGCCAUUCUUCUGUUCCUCAUCAGCAUCAUUCCCUCCAUCUGGAUCCUGGAGCUCCAUCACCACCAGAACAUUUCCAAUGAGCCACAGUGCAACCGUCUGGACUCAUGGGCGGCUCUCCGAGAUUCUUUCAAUGGUCAGAACGUAACUUCGCAAAAUAUCACCUCCAUAAAUGAUUCCUUCAAUGUGCGUCUGGACAAGUUUAUCUCGGCAGUAUGCUCCAAAGAGUGGAUCCUGGGUCUCCACAUGACCCAGCUCAUCCUGCUGAUCGUGGGCAAGUGGUUCCUCCCCAUAGGGGGCGGAGUCACCAGGGACGAGCUGUCUCAGCUUCUCCUCAUAUUCGUUGGAACUGCGGCAGACAUCCUAGAAUUCACCAGUGAGACACCAUCACUUGGAUCCAAAGACAGCUUUCAGUUGAUCUACAUGACCCUGGCGGUCUGGACCUGGAGCAUGUUGCAAUUCCCACUACAUCUAUCCGUGGUCAACAACAAGCCAGAAGACGAGGGUGACCGAAGCUCCUCGCUACUGACCAGACACAGCACAGACCUGUGGACUAUUACUCAGGCCCUGUUCAUCCACGACGGGCCUUUCCUAGCGGUCAGGCUCAUUGUCCUCAUACAUUUCAAAGUCUUCAACCAGAUGCUGGUCUUCUUUGCCAUUAAGAACCUGUUGGUGCUCACCCUGAACGUGUACAGGCUGGUGGUCAUCUGCCAGGACUCCAGGUCAGAUAAUGGUAUAUGAUGACCCACAUACAUCAUCACACACGCGCGCACAAACACAAUCACAAUCACACACAUUCUAACUCACUCACCAACACACAACACACACACACACACACACACUAUCGCUCACUAACACAUUGACACACACGCACACACACGCGCGCGCACACACACACACACACACAAACACACAGGGCCGGUGCUCGGCAUAGGCGAACUAGGCGAUCGCCUAGGGCGGCAAAUGUUUUGGGGGUGCCCUCUGGUGGCGCCCUUAAUUAAUUAACAAAUAAUAAUCUAUUAAUUACCCCCCCACACACACACAAAGAGGCAGGUCAAGCCGGAUAAACCUUUAACAUGCUCUACAAAAUUAAUCAGUUGUUGUAUUCAUCACGUGGUGAAUAGGUUACACCACUGAAAGGGAAAGGCAGACUUUGUUUACCAUGACCACCACCACCAACAGCGAUGCCCAUAGGCAUGUACCAUUAACAUUACAGAAAAACAGGCUUACCAUUUGCCCUUGUCUAAGACGUUGUGUUGCAUUUCGCUGAUGUAAAUUUCUUUAAACCACAACACUUUCUCUGUUACCUCCUUGCUGUGUUCUGUUUUGAGGUUCCUGUAUGGGAAAGGACGCAGAGGGGAACUAAGUGAGUGGGCGUAGCCAAAACACUGAGCCACUUUCCAAGAAUUCCCUCAUUCGGAACGAGCCUAUUAAAGUAACAAAGCAGCUGGAGAUCAAAGACAAUAAAAACCUUGUAUAAAGGACCAGCAGAAAUAGCGACUUUUUUAAAUUCUGUAUAUAGCCCUCAAAGUGGUCCACUAUACUCAUCACCAAUUGAUAUUACACAGCCAGUCUUCGCUCUGACAGAGAUUUCUGAACCCAAAGUUAAGUCUAUAAUUACUUUUAUUAACUUCCAAAUCAAAAUACAUAUUUCGACGGGAUUCUAUGUUUUUAAGGAAACAUGCUGCCUCUUUCACAGGGCCAGUAACUCAAAUUAUUAACACCUAUAUUAAGGAGGGAAAAUUCCCAAAGGACUGGAAGUCAGCCACUGUUGUGACACAACUGAUAUGAAUGAACAGUUCAUUCCCCCCCUGAGGAAUGAACUGGGCGUACCCCAGGAAUCUAUCCUGGGCCCUAUUCUGUUCAGACUUAACAUAAAUGACCUGCCAUUAGUAUGCACUCGAUGCGAAUUUCAGAUGUAGUCUGAUGAUAGUUAUUUAUGUUCAUAAAAAACAAAACCCAAGCUGCUGCCAAACUCAGUGAUACAAUGGUAUUUGUACAUAAAUGGCUUGCUGACUGACAGUUGCAUCUCAAUGUAAAGAAGACAGUCUGUAUGUUUUUAAACAAGACUAACACUGUUUUUCACUUCAAACCAAAGGUUGUUCAAACAGUUACACAUUUUUAAUAUCUAGGUAUUAUCCUUGACACGGCUCUAUCCUUCAAAAACCAAGUGAGAAAGGUCAUGCAAAUAAGGAAGCUCUGUCUGAAUGUUCUGAUCAUUCCCCACUUAACAUGACCUGGACUCAGGUGAAUAGUACAACAUGAAGGCCUAUUUUAUCACUUCACAAACAAGCGCUUAAAGUUUUUGACAGAAAACCCAAGCUUUACCAACACCGUUACAUCAUUGACAAAUAUAACUUGUUCAGCUGGGGAAAUAUUUUAAAACAAACUGAUUUUUAAGAUUAUCAACGGCAAGGCUCCACCACCCCUCUACCUUUUUAUACAGCAGAAAAAAAUCCAACAGCAGAACAACAAGGUCUGCUCUAAGAGGGGACAGUGUAGUUCCAAUUAGUUCCAGCUCCUUUCGUCAAUUAUGUUUCUCUGUCAGAGCCUCUAAACUAUGAAACCAAUUGCCAGUGGAGAUUAGAAAUUGCACCUCCCACCAUACAUCCAUCCAUUGUCGUCCGUUUUAUGAACUUUAAGAAAAUAAACAGUAGACUGAACCUGAUGAAGUAACAGCGAAACACGUUGUUUACAUAAAUACAUUAGCUUACCAGUGUGUGGUGAUUUUGCACUUUUUUUGGCUUUAACCUAUGACAGAAUUUAAGAGUGCAUGUUUGUCUGUUGCUAUGUAUUCUUGUAGCUGUCCCAUGGUAGUUUGUAUGAAUGGUUGUAUGGUUAUGUGUUUUAUUGGAGCCUAUUGGCAUCAUGUUAUACUGUUGUUAUCUGUUGCUGUCUGUAUUCUUAAUAUGUUUCAAUUGUUAGCCAUCCUGUGCCUAGUUUAACAUCUUGCCAAAGGACGACAGUUGAAAAUUUUCCUGCUGGCUAACACUGGCACAUUUACAGAAAUGUAGAUUAAUGUGUGUGUGUGUGUGUGUGUGUGUGUGUGUGUGUGUGUGUGUGUGUGUGUGUGUGUGUGUGUGUGUGUGUGUGUGUGUGUGUGUGUGUGUGUGUGUGUGUGUGUGUGUGUGUGUGUGUGUGUGUGUUUGAGAGAGAGUAAAAUAAAUUGUAUUAUUCCAAUAAAGUAAUAUUGACAUAAAUACAUUUAACAGUUUCUCAGGUCUGGGACUGUCAAGGUCAAUAAAUGUUUAAUAAUAUUUAAUGCAAAGUAUUCUGCUUCUAAACAAUAAUAUUACUAGUUAUUAAACACUGCUUAUAAUGUUAAUCACAAUUAAUAAUUAAUCUGAAAUGUGAACACCAGAUUUUUAUGUACAUAUUUUAUAAUUAUAGGAUUUUGUAAAAGACAAAAUAAAUGUUAUAUAUAAUCAAAUGUUUUCUUAUGUGUCUUUCUCAAUAAAAAGUGGAUAAAAACAAAA